AUGGCCCAAGUACUUAGUGCUCAUCCACAAGUCAAGGCGACGCUGGUUCUGCUCCUAUCCAUGCUCAGUUUGGCUGCUGGUGGGAAGCUGCUGGUGGUGCCAGUGGAUGGGAGUCGUUGGCUCAGCAUGCAGGAAGUGUUGGAUGCUCUAAGGCAGAAGGGACAUGAAAUAGUCGUCGUUGCACCUGAAAUAAACAUACAUAUAAAACCAUCAGAGAAUUUUAUUAUGAAAAUGUAUCCAAUACCUUUCACGAAGGAAGAGGUGGAUGGAAGUAUCCAUUCUUUUUCACAGGAUGUAUUUGAAGAAGGAUCUUUUCUGGAAAGAUUUCUUAAAAUAUACUGGAGACUGAAAAACAUCUCUGCCAUUAGUCUCUCUACCUGUGCACACUUACUGUACAACAAAGAGCUUGUCAGGUAUCUUGAGGAGAGCAAGUUUGAUGUUGUCCUUACAGAUCCUGUAAUACCCUGUGGGCAGAUACUGGCUGAGCAUCUUUCAGUCCCUUCUGUGUUUUUUUUGCGAGUAAUGCCAUGUGGUUUAGAAUUUGAAGCCACUCAUUGUCCCAGUCCCCCUUCUUACGUUCCCAGGAUAUUUACAAACCUUACAGACCACAUGAACUUUUUCCAGCGGGUGAAGAAUCUGAUCUUUGACAUCUCAAAUUAUUUUCUCUGUGAUUUUGUCUUCCAACCAUACGCAAAACUGGCUUCUGAGUUCCUCCAGCGAGAUGUGACUGUGACAGAUCUCUUACGCCAGGCUUCCAUUUGGCUCAUGAGGUUAGAUUUUGUGUUAGAUUAUCCAAGACCUUUGAUGCCCAACAUCAUUGUAAUUGGAGGAGUGAACUGUGCUCAUAAGAAGCUACCUCAGGUGGGUCAUGCUCCGUUUUUAAUUCAUGCUCUGACAGGUGGAAUUUAG